UCAAAUCACUCUUCGCUCCAUUGCCUAAAAAAAAAGAAGAGAUAGAAGAAGUCACUCUCCGCUCCAAAAACCUGUAAAAUUUCCUGUUUGACCCUAAUUUCGAAAUUCCCCAAGUUACAGAAUUUUCCCUCUCUUCUCCGCCCUCUCUCCAUUUCUCCAACUCUUCCCCGAUCAGAUCUCAGUUUGCGUAAGUUCUAUUAAUUUUCAUUGGAACCACCAACAAUUGAGAAUCUGGAACCCUAGUUUUCCAACCAGCUAGCAGUAUGGAGGUGCCACCAAAAGCAUUCAAAACUGAAGAGUUGAUUAAUUACAGCAACAACUUGAUAGAUGUAUUGAAAGAAGAGAAGGAUACUGCAAAUCUCAGGCAUUUUCUCCUUCAAGCCAGUGCCCUUCAAUCCCAGUGUGACAAAGACUUCACUGAAGUUCAGAAAUCUAUUGAAGAUUAUGAAAAUAAGAUUCAUAUAUGCAAGCAGAAAGCAGCAGCUGCAGAAUCUGAGAGCGCCGCUGAUGCAGAACUUGACUUUCUGCAGAAAGAGUUGGAAGAGGAACAAAAUCAAGAACGCCAGCUCAGAGAGGAGCUUAGAGAAAUUGUUAAUGAAAUUGAUGAUUUAGAGCAUAAAAGGGAGACUGUUGAAGAACAAAGACGAACAAUGAAGAAGUUUGAGCAAGAUGAAGUGAGAGCUCAAAUGAAGCUUUCAAUGUAUGCUUCUGUCACGAAUACGAUACCAUACCUGGACAAUCCAUCCAGAAUAUCGGGCCAUAUCGUGGAUAGAGAGAAAAAAGUGGUUGAGACGUUUGAGUUUGAUCCAUCGACGGCCACAACCUUCGAUACUUGCAAUAGUAUCUGGAAGAUGAUUAACUCGUCAUGAUGCCAAGUAUGCAAUGUAUUUACUUGUAAUUCAUGUGCAAAUAUGCAAUUAUUCCUUUUGCUAAGCAGGAACUUGUUUGUAUUCAACUGAGGAUGAUUUGGAGAUUGUUUACUUGAAAAUUAAACAGCAAAAUUUUUACUUUUA